AUGCCUCCACGAUUACGUCUCGCAAAUGCGCGGGUUCCUCAACCCACCCGGUGUCAAAGGCUCCUGUGUCAGUUCGAUAUCUCUACCUCAAUUCGAUAUGCUAGUACGGCAACGACGCCUGCUCCUUCGGUCGAGCAAAUGACCGUCUCUCCUCCUCCAAUUGCCAGAUUUCCUCCCUCACAGCCGCCAUCGCAUCGCAAGCCCGAGUUCAGACGUUCUCAGCUUCUCCGGCAAUACACCUCUCUCAUUCGCACCACACCUCUUAUGGUCUUCCUUCAACACGACAACCUCCAAGCAGUCGAGUGGUCCGCGAUCCGACGCGAACUGAACAAGGCCAUGCAGAAGGUGGACGAUAAGAUUGCCGCAGAAGGCCGCAGUGCUCCACCCUUGGCUCCCCAUAUCAAGGUCCAAAUCAUCCAGACAGGCAUCUUCGAGGUUGCUCUACGUAUCGUGGAAUAUUUUCGACCAAGCCAAUCAAUACUGGAAAAGGGCAAGCCCCCCAGCGCAAACGACCCGGCUACACAGACAUCCGCCGAGAUCUCGCUUGCCGGAUCUAGGGACGACCCAACCUUGACACACGAUCUCUCGCGUGCUGCCCAAGCCGCUGUGCGCAAUAUGAAGGGAAAGCAUGAGCUAUCCACCCUUCUCGUUGGACCUAUCGCUAUGCUCUCCAUUCCGCAAAUGUCCCCAGAACACUUGAAGGCUGCCAUGUCCGUUCUGGCUCCCAAGGCAUUCGGCUACCCUGCGCCCACCCGAAGAGCAAACCCCGAUUGGCACGAAUUUCCCGUGCAGAAUGGUCUGAAAAAGUUGAACAUUCUUGCUGCUCGUUUGGACAACCAGUUGUUUGAUGUCGAUCAGACGAAGUGGGUCGGAAGUAUUGAGGGUGGUAUUGACGGUCUGCGGUCUCAACUCGUUAUGGCGCUGCAAAGCAUGGGAUCUAGCAUCACGAAUUCUCUGGAGGGAGCUGGAAAGAGCUUGUAUUUCACUCUUGAGAGCAGGAGAAGUGUGCUUGAGGAUGAACAGAAGGGUGGCAGUGGUGAGGGUGAGAAUAAAGCAGAGUAA